GACGUGCUAUUUUCAUCAGUCUCUACUGCUGGCCCAGAUUCGUAGCGACCGUCAAACAGUGUGUUCGUUGCAAACUUUUUGUCUGCUACGUGCUUAUAGUUGAGUUGUUUUAUAACUUGAGAAAUGUACUCUCGUAUAUAUCUAAAAGUUUAAUCGUUCUUUUGUCUACUAUUUUAAUAUUAACAUUUUAGAGCGAUAAAUAAAUCUACAAGCGUGGCUUUUCAUUUACAUGUCAAUGUCUGUUGAGAAACAUUACUAAGCAAGAGUUCUAUCCUUGAAGAAAUCAUUUUGUUACUGAAGUGUUGGUUUUCAUGUAAGAUGUGACUGUUUGGUGACUUGUGAUAAUCCUACCCGUGUUUUUAUGAAUAAUAUAAUUCAUUGCGGGAGGGUUUUACAUUGAUUGGAACAUUUAUGAUAAUAAGUUUCCUGGUGAGUGCAUCCUCACAUACAUGGAGUUUCAGCUGGAUAGCGCGGAAUACUGCCAGGCUCAACACAAAUAGAGAGACACGUUCUGCACAUCCCAACACUGACUAGAUACUUUUUAAGACGAAGGAAAGAGAGAACGAAAGAGAAAGAGCAAGAGAGAGAAAGAAAGAGCGUGAGAGCAAGAAAGACCACGAAAAAGAAGGAGAUUAAAUUACAGUUAAAGUAUUUAGACCACUACCAGAGAGCCUGAAAUCAUCUGCUAGUCAUCACGCAACAUAGAAAAAAUUUAUUAGAAGAAAAUUUUAAUUGAUCUUGUAUGAAGACAUCGUAGUAGCUGUGUGUGCCUCGUUCAGAAGCACCCAGUGCCAAAUAGAUAAUCUUCCGAAUAGUGCAUAUCACCGUCUAAUGUAACGUAGUCCUCAAACUUAAGCGAAUUUCGCACCCAGAAAAACCCUUCCCGAGGUCUACAUGUAAGAACCCAUCGUUCUGUCCUCUGUAUAAAAAAAUAAUUCAAAUUGGUUAGUUAAUUGAAAACAAAAAGAAAAAAGCAACAUAAGACUGAGAUCUAUGGGCUAAAUUGUCAAAUCCAGCCACUUGCUAAACACAGUGCAGUUUUUAUUCGUGAUAUUGAGUUUAUUGAAAGAUAAUAAUAGUAAUAAUUAGAAGAAAGGGAGUGACCUCGCUGAAUUUUAUUGAUUUUAAAUAAUAUUCAGGAAUAUUAAUUUAUUUAACUCUUUUUUGCUUAGUUGUAAAGCAAAAAAUUAUUUAAAACCUGUGUUGUUGAAAAGGAAAUGAGCAACAUGAGGGUUAAAGAUAUCAGGCCAGCUCCCGCUGAAAUUGAAUACAAAAAUAUGAAAUUCCUCAUUACUGAUCGGCCCAAUGAUCAGACUAUUCACACCUUCAUCCAAGAAUUGAAAAAGCACAAUGUAAAGGAGGUAGUGAGGGUCUGUGAACCAACGUACAAAGUUGAGGAGCUUAAAUCAGAGGGAAUUAAUGUUCUUGAUUUAGUUUUUGAUGAUGGAACAUUUCCUCCUAAUGAGGUGGUUGACGAAUGGUUUGAAUUAUUAAAGAAUCGAUUCCGAGAGACGCCCGAAGCCUGUGUAGCGGUACACUGUGUUGCUGGACUCGGCAGGGCGCCUGUACUAGUCGCACUAGCGCUCAUUGAGCUUGGACUGAAGUACGAAGAUGCGGUUGCAUUAAUUAGAGAGAAGAGACGAGGCGCUAUAAAUGCCAAGCAAUUAGCGUAUUUGGAAAAAUAUCGUCCAAAAUCUCGACUUAAACUCAAAAAUGGACAAAAAAACUCGUGCUGUGUCCAGUAGAUGAAACUGUUCUUUCAAAGCAACUAAAGUAAUUGAUAAUGAUUGGUAUAUCUAAUUUUAUAGGAUUGCACUCCUGUGACGAGAAGAGAAGUGACGUAUUGUACCGUUUAUAUUCUAAAAAGGCCUAUCAGUGGAAAUGCAACACGAGAGUAACUGCCUAUAGUUAUAUUAUAAAUUUUAUAAAUUCAUUUUUAUGAUCUUGAUCAAUACAUCCAAGUCAAAUUUUUAUGACUGAAUAUUAAUGUAACCUUUCUGGAUUUUAUUGAAUAUUUUAUUUUGAUAUUAAUCCUAUAUCUAAAACAAACAAAAUGAAAAAUUAUUUUCGUGGAUUCCCUUUAUGGUUUGAAUGAACAUGGAAAUUAUCGAACAAUAUUAUUAAUAAUUAAUUAAUGAUUGUGUAAUGUUUAAAUCAAUUAUAACAUUGAGAAAUAAUUGAAUCAUUGACAAAGAGUAUUGAAUUAUUUGAAUGAGAUUACAGUGACGAAAGAAAGAAAUGAUUUUAUGUAUAUAUAUCAUAUGUAUUGAAUUAUUAUGGCAGUAAAUAUCGCCAUGAUGGUAAAAAAUCUAUUAUUAUUAUUAUUGCUUGGACAAUAACUCUUUUAUCAUGAAGAUUAAGUCAACUUCCACAUGAUCUCUAAGAAAAAAAUUUUAUUCACCAUAUCUACAGCUCUUGCUGAAUAACUUCUGAUCUUGAGCUCAUUAUUUGCUGUUUUAAUUGUGCAAUUAAUCACCAAACAUCACAAAUAUUUUAAUAAUAUAUGUUAAAUAGCAUGUAGGUACAUAAAAAAAGACAAAUAGGAAAAUAAAUAAAUUCUCAGGAGUAUCACAACCAUUAAACAAUUAUUUUUUCUUGGGUGGAAGAAGAUUAUUAUCGCAUAAAAUAUUACAUCAAGUUGCAUUUCCAGUGGCAUGCCGUCGAUGUUGUUUAAAACUAUUAUUGGAUCUGGAUUCUACUUUAACUUGAUCAAUGAGUGUGAGAGAAAAAGAUUAUUCAUUCAUUGUAGAAUAAUUAUUGACAUAGAGAAUAAUUUUAUUGAAAAUUUUUGUCUCAAAAAAAAAAGAUGAAUAAAUUUCACAUUAAAUGAUUAUUGAUCAAAUGUAAUGAUAUUUUUAAGUUGAAUUUCUAUUUUGCUUAUUAUAUUUUGUACUAUUUUGUUUUUGAUAAAAAAUUAUUUAUAUAAAUAAUUCAACUAUAUAAAUAUAACGAUAGUAGUAAAGUGGAAUGAAUACUGAGUUGAUAAUUUUUAUUUAAAUUUUCAAUAAAAUUAUCAAUUUUUUAGAUAAUUUUUUCUCUCAGUGUAGUUAAAUUGUGUUAUAAAAGCGAGGUAAUUCACUUCAGAAUUAAAACAUAUAUCACUUUAAUCGUAGCUCAAUGGCAAUUUUAUAAAAAUUGAAAAAAUAUAAAAUCAUCUGAUCCCUGUUCGAUAAAUUUUGCAAGCCAUGACUGCACUUUUUUCACAAAAUAAGAAAUACAUUAAUCGGCUGGCAAAUUUUGUAAAAUUGUCAGUGACGCUGUGCGCCACGAUAAACUGUGUUCAAAAAAAAAUAAAUAAAUAAAAAACUAGAAAAUUCACUCGUCAAAUAAUUAAUAACGAAAUUAAAUCUUUAGACCAUUCAAUUAGUCUGAUGAUCUAACGUGAAUGUAUAUUUUUGCACAUGAUAAUUGUAUAAUGCUUUUCACCUAGUCAUUUUAUUCACUCAAUCAUUGUUUGAAAGUCACUCUGGCUAACCGUCCGUUUAUUUUAUGGUACAAUUAAUUUUAUUGGCGUCGGAGGAAACUUUCGAACAAUUUUAACUGAGAUUCACCAUUGUGGAGUGCUAUGUACAAUAUUUAAUAUAUCCAUUCCAAUUGUACAUGAUUAAUUAAUGUAAAUUAUAUUUUAUAUACGAUAUACUUGAAGAAAAAA